AUGAAAGAUUUAACUGAAAUGCCAAAGUGUCCCUCUUGUAAUAAGGUUUUUGAGGACUGGCAGGCAUUGGGUAAUCAUAUGAAAAAACAUUUCAAUGACAGUGAUGAAGACAUACCUUUACUAAAUCAGCUGAUUCACAGAAUUUCUCAAAAUCUGGUGAAUUGUAAAAGGGUACACUUUGAACAAGACUCAUAUAAUAGUCAGAAGAGAGUUACCUUUGAUGCAGAUGAAUCUGUCGAAAAAUCAGACUUUGAUAUACCAUUUCCUAGUUACUUAAAUAUGACAGACGUUAAUACUAACGAAUGUGUUGAAUAUAAUGAUUUAUUCGCUGGAAUGCUGACUGAUGCUAGAGAUAUAUACCAAGAAUUUCUGAAAGAAUACAUGAAAUUUAUGCAUAUGAUAACACGAUUUCAUAUAUAA